AACUAUUCCUCUCCCUUUGCUAUUUUAUCAGAUGCUAUGUUCUGUAUGUUUGCCUAGCUCAGCACUCUACUGUACAUUUUAGUGAGAUGUGAUGGUGAUUGAUCCCUUAACCACAUGCAGAAUUAUUUAUUAGUUUCUUAAGCUGGGUUUUUGGUGGGAGGAUGUAGCAGCCAAGCAGGUAUUUUGGAUGACUGGUAAGGACCCAAGUUCUCAUUGCUCAUGUAAACGCUUAAGAAAUUAAAAAUUUAACCAGGUGCUUUGCCAUCAUGUAGAGGCUGAAGAAAGGCUUUAAUACUUUACAGUGAGAGACUAUAGCUCUGUCACCUUGGAUGCUAUAAUGUGGCUUCAUGCUAUAACAUGUUUCAUUAUGAACAUUUUGUGACUGUGGGGGAGAGAAUGAAGCCUGGGGGCAAAACUGAGAAGGGGGCUUCCCCAGAGGAUGAAUUAGCUGGAAAGCAGCUAAGGAAGGAUCUCGUGUUCGUGCAGCUGCUGGUUUCUGACCCGAGAGCUGCUGCCGGCGAGCAGCUGACGGGAGGGAGGAGAUCAGCCUUUCCCUCUGAAGGGGUUGGUGUGUCAGGUUUCCAUGCAGAGCACGUGUGGAUAAUGCGAGCUGCAAACGCUGCUGCCUGCUCCAGCCACCGGUACAGAGCGAGCCGGGAGCAUGGGGCAGGUGGCUUGGAAGGGUUUAUUUCUAUCGCUUUUUGAUUAUAAAACAGAGAAAUACGUCAUUGCAAAGAACAAGAAGGUGGGGAUUCUCUAUCGCGUGGUGCAGCUCUCCAUCCUGGCUUACCUGGUGGGGUGGGUGUUUGUUGUCAAGAAAGGCUAUCAGGACACAGACACAUCCCUCCAGAGCUCUGUCAUCACCAAGCUGAAAGGAGUAGCUUUCACCAACACCUCGGAGCUGGGGGAGAGGCUGUGGGAUGUUGCAGACUACGUCAUCCCUCCACAGGGUGAAAACGUCUUCUUUGUCAUGACGAAUCUGAUUGUGACCCCAAACCAGAGGCAAGCCACAUGUCCUGAGGUAGGAAGAACUGAGCCCCUUGGCCCCCAGACCCCUACAAAACUGGGGAGUGUCAGCAUUCCCGAUGCCCUGUGUUACAAGGACGGGGACUGCCUGGCAGGGGAAGCAGUGGUGGCUGGCAAUGGGGUUAAGACUGGCCGUUGUUCGAAAGACAGGGACAGCAUCAGAGGGACUUGUGAGAUACUGGCCUGGUGCCCAGUGGAGAAAAGAUCCAAGCCCAAGACACCACUUCUCGCCAGUGCAGAAAACUUCACUGUUUACAUCAAGAACUCGAUCCGCUUCCCCAAGUUUAAGUUCUCCAAGAUGAAUGUGCUGGCAACCGACAAUGAGUCCUACCUGAAGACCUGCCGCUACAGCACGGAGCAUCCCUACUGCCCCAUCUUCCUCCUGGGGAACAUCGUCCGAUGGGCUGGGAGCGACUUCCAGGAAAUGGCCUUGGAGGGUGGUGUGAUAGGAAUUCAGAUUGAAUGGAACUGUGAUCUUGAUAAAGCCCCUUCUGAAUGUAAUCCUCACUAUUCUUUUAGCCGGCUGGAUAACGAGUUUGCAGAAAAGUCUAUCUCUUCUGGGUACAACUUCAGGUUUGCCAAAUAUUACCGGGAUGCUGAGGGGGUCGACUACCGGACACUCAUUAAAGCGUAUGGAAUCCGCUUUGAUGUGAUGGUGAACGGCAAGGCAGGGAAAUUUAACAUCAUUCCCACCAUUAUCAAUAUCGGUUCGGGGCUUGCUCUCAUGGGAGCGGGAGCUUUCUUUUGUGACCUGGUGCUGCUGUAUCUGAUUAAAAAGAGUAACUUCUAUCGAGGCAAAAAGUAUGAGGAAGUAAAGUCCAGUUCCAGGAAAUCGUUAUCUAGCCCUACGCUGAAUGGGAAUCAGAGCCCUGACCAGCUCGGUGGGCUCUAGGCACAGCGAUGGGUCUGCCAGCUGGACUCAUGUUCCAGGAAAACCACGCAGGUGUGAAAUCACACCCAGACUGGGAGGUGGAGACACCCCAGAUCAGGUCUACUGUCUAUUAUUGGGAUUUCCAGAGGGAAAAAAAAGUCCUUUAAAGAACACCCUUCUUUCCCUGAGAUGUUCUCUGGUAUCCUGAGCUUGCAACAGUGUGUCGUCGUUAUGGAUUUAUAGAAGGAUUUUUAUAAAAGGAAAAAGAAGGCACCAAACAAAAGUUUUUGUAUCUGUUGAUAAAUAUAUCUGUACCUACGUCAGUAGCCAGUGUUAUCCUGUGGCUGUGCUUUGCUUCCAUGUGCGAAAGAGCAGUGAUGUGAAACACCGCUGGCGCUUUGAGGAGGGCUGAGGCCCUGAUUCAACCCAUCUCCUGCUCCACUGGCUUGCGGCCACCGCUUCCAACUCUCGCUUGUGUUACAUGCAAGAUUAGAUGUAAAGCAGCAGGACUGCUCUUGUCGGGAAGUGCAAUGAAAUGCAGCAUUUCAGCAGCUCUCUGAGCCCGGGGGAAAGGGACUUGUUAUCCUACAACGCCCGUGCUGACUGGGCCUGUGUCACAGUGGGGGCAAUUACUCUUACUGCAGUGUGUGAGUAAGCAUUAGGGCCAGAAACGGUGCUCAUCCAGGAAAAGCCUUCGCAACAGCUGCAACAAGGUGCUCUGCUCGUCUCAGGAACAGCAGGAGAAGGUCCUGCGCAGCUCUGAAUGGGGAAUCAGUUCAGCCACGGCUGGGUCCCAGCUACCUCACCGCUACCCACCGUCUCCAUUUGUAGCUGGCCCAGAGAACCAACACUUCAGAGCACGGAACAGGUAACAGCAGGCGGAGGAGUAUUUUGAGGCAAGGCAGGGAUAGAUGGUUUUGUGGUUCAUGGUGGGGGGGUGGGGAAAGGGGGUUAGCGCACUGGAAAGCAACAUGGCACUGGGAAUAUCUGCACAGGGAUGGUCUUAGGUUCUCCCUCCUUUGUUCAGUGGCUGGUGUCAUUUGCUCAGGAUUGUCCUUUCUGCAUCACUUACCGAUGGCUCGUGGUGGGGAGAGAUCUAACUUAACGCUUCUGCCGGUUUUCGUAGUACCCUGAACUGUACUGCAGAGACUGAAAAGGGGGGGCUCUAUCAGGUGAAAUGGACUUUGCCGGGUUCUUCCAAAUACACCAACAGGAGGAAAAUGUAGCAGAAAGAUGUCCACUACUUCAACACUCUGGUAACUUCCAAGAAAUACAAGUGCUUCUUUGUUUCUCAACAGAGAAAUAAGGCUCACUGCAGCCCAUUUUGUGAAUUUAUGAUCAUGUGGGGAUGUAACUAAUCUCAGAAGAGUGCUCAUGGAAUAUCAUUGUUUGAAGUUUGCAUUUGCUUGAGCUAUCAGGAACCGACCCACCAGCCCCUGAAGACACUAGGUGAAUAAAUAUUCCUGCCUCAUUUAAAGCUUCCACACCGUGGCUUGGUACAAACUGAUCAGUGUUCUGUAAAUGCCACCAGGUCAUCAUUGAUCAGGAGUCAUCAUGCUAAAGACUACGUGUUUCUGUGCACUCUUUGAGUAUCGAGAUUUAAAGGACUCCUGCUGCAGCGUCCUUAUGUACUGCUAGGACAGCUGUAGAGAGGGCGGUGGUACAGAGAGCUGCUGUGAUCGCGUGUUACACACAAAUGGAAAAGGCAAGCUGCACUCACCUCUGCUUUAACUUCUUUAAGGGGGUACAGGUUGGGUCUAAAUUAAAACUCACCUCUGUUAGCAGUGGCAAACUCCAAAUCCAGUCACCGAUAGCAAACCCCACCCAGACUAGUCCACUCCCUCUGCUUCUGUUCAGACGCAAGUAAUUAUCAAGUCAAACAUUUAGCUAGAAUAGAAUUAUACAGUGGACUUAAAAUAAUUUAGGAUAAGCUGUGUACCUCUGAUGCUAUAAUCACAUCCAAAGCUGUCUCUUCAUGCCAGAAGACUCUCCUCCAGGCAACCAUGAGUUAACGUCUGUAUAACUGACAGGCUGCACUAGUCAGGCCCAUUAGAACUACCAUGCCAAUACAACAGCACAGGCUUCUGACUGUCAGAGCUUAAUUCUGUUUGAAUAAUUUCUAGAUGGUGAAACACAUGAUGAACCCUACAUGUGGCAUCAGGCCAAGGCACAACUCUCGGAGACCAAGUAGCUCAUUGUAAUACAUAAAGCUGACUGUGCUCUACUGAAACCAAUGUUUCAACUUGACAAAACAACAUCUUGUUAGGUGACCAAAGCGAUUUCCUGAAUUUAAGUCUUCAGGGGCUUCAGGCCCCCAAAAGUCCCUAGGAUAUUUCCCAUUUUUAUACCCUCUGUUUAACACAAUUCCCACAACCAUUGCUGUUGAUAAAACAUAACCAGAUUCCUUCUCAGGAGCUUGUUUCUUUGAUUUUUUUUUUUUUUCCCCCUCCUUGUAUUUAACAUACAGCAAUAAAAUUUGUCACUUUAGGGCAAUGCUCUCCAAGACUUUUCUGUACAGCGUGUUUUUUAGGUUGCACACACCACCAUCUCUUUGUGAUUGAUACAUACUUAAGCUAAGCAAGUUAAUUAAACACUAAGUUUGCGCCAGCAUGUCUAUAGCAAAGAUAUUACCUGUACAGGAGGUGACCAAAUUUUCCUUUCUGUUCCUACCAGGGACAUAUGGAACCACAACACUGCGCUGCUCAAUUACAGAAAAUGCUAGCAGGCUUACACCUGUGUUCAGCACAGAGUGAGGUGGCAGGUAACAGGACGUUGCACUUACUUGGUCGUGUUUUGUUGGACACAACUGUACUAAAAAGAAGCAAAGUGUUUGACUUGGGAGAGCAUUACUUAGCGACUCUCAUACAUGCCAGUGAAGAGUAUCUGUAACAAUGUCAUUUAUUGAUAGCGUGUACAUAUAGCAAUUGUGGAAAUAACAUUUGCACUAGCAACUCAAUUACAUUUCUGUACCAAACCUUCACGUACACUUAAUUACAUGCUACUGUGCAGUA